UCCGCCCUCCGAUUGUGCAAUUCGGGGCUGGAGUGACAUCAAGGUCAACGUCCAACGUCAACGUCCCCAAUCCCCUGAAGCCGACACGGGACAGAAAUACGUGGUUGAAGAGACAGCUUUCGAUUAUUCGGCAUCUCGAGCACUCACUUACGCCACGUUCUGAUAUUCAGUCCAACUUACUGCCACAACCGACAGCCCGCCCCCCGCCAUCGACGAACAGCCCCGCCGACCAUCGGCAGCCCACGAUGACUGCUCGUGAGGAAUGAACACAAUGAUUGCCCGGAGCCUUGUUAGGGCUCCUACGUGUCGCCCAACAUGCGUCGCAUUCUGUCACACAAGGCCGGCCUCACAAUUGCCUCUUCGAGGCCAGACACCCUCCCGAGUCUUUGCCACCUCGCAGAAAUACCUCUUCGGCCGAUAUGCCUCAAACAACGCGCGCCCGACCGAGUCCGGGAAGGAUGGCCAGAACACUGCCGUCAUCCCGCCCAAGAAGCCUGUGGUGUCUUCAGGGGAUCCGUUGGCACAGGUAGACAAGUCUGCGCAAGAGCAGCGGAAGGCGGAUUGGGCUAUAAUGAAAGAAAUGUCUCGCUAUCUGUGGCCGAAAGACAGUCUCUCCACCAAGCUUCGAGUAGGCUUGGCUGUCGUUCUUCUAGUUGGUGCCAAGGUCCUCAAUGUCCAGGUUCCAUUCUACUUCAAGAACAUUGUAGAUGCCAUGAACAUUGAUGUCGGCGCAAUGGGCGGGAAUGCUGCUAUGAUUGCGGGCAGCAUGAUUGUGGCCUACGGGGCUACCAGAAUAGGAGCCACCUUGUUCCAGGAAUUGAGAAAUGCCGUCUUCGCGAGCGUCGCGCAAAAGGCUAUCCGCAGGGUAGCUUGCAACGUGUUCGAUCACCUAUUGAGGCUGGACCUCAACUUCCACCUCACGAAGCAGACAGGAGGGCUCACGCGUGCCAUUGACCGUGGUACCAAGGGCAUCAGUUUCCUUCUGACCAGCAUGGUCUUUCACAUCCUGCCCACCGCGUUGGAGAUUACCAUGGUCUGUGGUAUUUUAACAUAUCAGUACGGAGCAAAGUUCGCCGCUAUCACGGCCCUGACCAUGACUGCAUAUUCCGCUUUUACUAUUUGGACAACUGCUUGGAGGACAAAGUUUCGAAGACAGGCCAAUGCGGCCGAUAACAAGGCGUCGACCAUCGCCGUGGAUUCCCUAAUCAACUACGAAGCUGUCAAGUACUUCAACAAUGAAAAGUUUGAGGUCGGUCGUUACAACGGGGCACUUCAAAACUACGAGAAAAGCUCAAUCAAGGUCGCCACAUCGUUGGCUUUCUUGAACAGUGGACAGAAUAUCAUUUUUUCCAGCGCCCUCACUGCUAUGAUGUACCUGGCCGCAAAUGGCGUCGCAGCUGGCUCGCUGACAGUCGGAGAUUUGGUCAUGGUGAACCAGUUGGUCUUCCAACUGUCCGUACCCCUCAACUUCCUUGGCUCUGUAUAUCGCGAGCUGCGACAGUCGCUCUUAGACAUGGAGACCCUAUUCAACCUACAAAAGGUCAAUGUGUCUAUCAAGGAGCUUCCCGAUGCUAAACCUCUUCAAUUGGUGAAGGGUGGCCAGAUCAGAUUCGAAAAUGUUUCUUUUGGAUAUAACAAGGAGCGGCCGAUCUUGAAGAACCUCAAUCUCACCAUACCUGCUGGCAAGAAAGUUGCCAUUGUUGGUCCCAGCGGAUGUGGAAAGUCGACAUUACUGAGGCUACUUUUCAGAUUCUAUGACACUGACAGCGGUCGCAUCUUCAUUGACGAUCAGGAGAUCAAGAGCGUCCAACUUGACUCCUUAAGAAAGUCCAUCGGUGUUGUGCCACAAGACACCCCGCUCUUCAACGAUACUGUUGGACACAACAUCAAGUACGGUAACUUGGCAGCCGAUGAAUCUGAAGUCAUUGCAGCCGCCAAGAGGGCAAGAAUCCACGAUAUCAUCGCUAGCUGGCCAGAAGGCUACGAUACCAAGGUUGGAGAGAGAGGCAUGAUGAUAAGUGGAGGUGAAAAGCAACGUCUUGCCGUCUCACGACUCCUGCUGAAAGAUCCGCCGUUGUUGUUCUUUGACGAGGCUACGAGCGCCUUGGAUACGCACACUGAGCAGGCGCUCAUGCAGAACAUUAAUAGUAUUUUGAAGGAAAAGGCGAGGACAAGUGUAUUUGUUGCCCAUCGCCUGAGAACAAUCUACGAUUCAGAUUUGAUCAUCGUCUUAAAAGAAGGCAGUGUCGCGGAGAUGGGGACACACAGAGAGCUUGUCGAUCGUGGUGGGCUCUACUCCGAGCUCUGGAGUGCUCAAGAAAGUCUAUUCAGCACAGAAGGAGAGAGCGAAGUGACAGCUGGUGAGAAGGGAAAACGCGCAUAGUAGAUAUCCCAAAGAAAACGCUCGCGAGAACGAGAAGAAGAUCCUGGCCCGCUAUCUUGUAGACGCAACCAUAAUUCAAACCCUUUCAGAACCGUUAGCCAAUUCCACUGUCAGCCUAAGAUAUGUUCUAUCGGUUCUGGACGGCACCUGAUGCUGCAUUCCAGAAACCCGUCAGAUAACAGUGUUGACCAUGAUGGAUCCUUCAAGCUAGAGUCAGAAUUUGACAUUCAUCC